CAUAUCAUUUUGUAGCGUGGCGAGGGCGGACCGUGUGACGUUGAGCCGAGGCUCUGGCUGUUUAUUGUUCCUUCCUGAGCACCGAUACAGAAAAAAACAGGCUAACAAGCUAUCAGCCUCUCUUUUCACACGGCUCUCGCUCGGUUUUACGAAGGUGUAACGGUUCAGACAACUGACUGCCACAACCAGGGGCCAUGGCGUAUGCGUAUCUCUUCAAAUACAUCAUCAUCGGAGACACGGGUGUGGGAAAGUCAUGUCUAUUACUACAGUUCACAGACAAGCGGUUUCAGCCGGUUCACGACCUCACCAUUGGUGUGGAGUUCGGCGCAAGGAUGAUCACUAUAGAUGGCAAACAGAUCAAAUUGCAAAUCUGGGAUACGGCCGGCCAGGAGUCGUUCCGGUCCAUCACCAGGUCUUACUACAGAGGAGCAGCCGGAGCACUGCUAGUCUAUGACAUCACAAGAAGGGACACCUUCAACCACUUGACGACCUGGUUAGAGGACGCCCGCCAACAUUCCAACUCCAAUAUGGUCAUCAUGCUCAUUGGCAACAAGAGCGAUCUUGAGUCGAGGAGAGAGGUGAAAAAAGAGGAAGGUGAAGCUUUCGCCAGAGAACACGGCCUCAUAUUUAUGGAGACCUCAGCCAAGACUGCCUCUAAUGUAGAGGAGGCUUUCAUCAACACAGCCAAGGAGAUCUAUGAGAAGAUCCAGGAGGGCGUGUUUGAUAUCAACAACGAGGCUAAUGGUAUUAAGAUUGGACCCCAGCAUCCCACCACCAACUCCACACUGUCCAGUAGCCAGGGAGGCCAACAUGCCGGAGGCGGCUGCUGCUGAAGUCCCACAACACACCGCGUCCUCCAGCCCUAGCCCUUCCUCCUCCUCCUCCUCCUCUUCCUCCUCCUCGCCCUCUCCAACCCUCCGUCGCGUUUCUACAGAACUGUCCAGGCCCACUAACAGUUUAACUUCUCUCUCUCUACCGCUUCAUCCAUCCAUCCAUUUGUGCAUCCUGAGUGUCUUAAGCAUCCUUGUAUGAGGACAGAGUCAGCUUCACCUGCAGAUUUACACAUUCAUUUCAGACAUUUUCUACUUUUUUUGGUUGGAUACAAACGAUUUUAGGCAUUCAAGUAAAAACACGAACCUAUGGCAGCCAUUUAAUUCAUAAUUUUCCUCUCGAUUCACGUGGAUGUUGGUAUAUUGCAGGAACUGAAACUGAUGAAGAGCUGCCAUUGGCUGCUUUGAGCUGACUUUGUUAGAACUGAGCAGUCAGGAAAAAGAAAAG